GGUGUAUUUGCCGCACAGACAUGGCUGCACAUGUAGAAAUACUGGUGCUAUAACCUUGGUUGUCCAGUUUCUUCGUGUCAGACGAGCCUAAAAGAGCAACAUGCAGGCUGCUAUGGAUAUCACGGCAAAAUACUGCCAAAAAGAAAUGGAGGCGUAUGGGUCAUGUGUGGCUUCCAACCCAUCAACAUGGCAGCAAACCUGUCAUGGACUUAAGAUGAAGGUUGCACAGUGCACAUCAUCACACCCAGUGAUCCAAAAGAUCAGACAAGGCUGUUCCAAGGAGUUUGUUGAGUUUGAGCAGUGUCUCAGAGAACACCAGGAUAAUCCUACCUCCUGCUCACCACAUGUGGCUCGCUUUCUGGGCUGUGCAGAGACAGUGGACAUCAGUGGAGUGGCUACAAAUCCAGUACCUCAGGCGUCGUAGCAUUCAGACAUCUUCCAUCAACUUCAGAUUACUCCAGUCUCCACAACAGCACAAAUGGGCUGGUUUCACAUGUUACUGUAUGUACAGUGACUGUCAGGAUAUUUGUUUUCCUCUGUGUGACUUACUGUGACUAUUUGUCUGUCUUCAGCAAACAUAUAGAGAUGAAUUCCAAUGGCACUGUGAUUUCAGACAUGUUGUGUAGAAUAUGUAAUUACUGCAUUCUUUUUCUCCUCAUGUUAAUGUUGUGUUAAUGUGAAAAUAGCAUUUAUAAUUGCCUGUAUGCAAAGAACUCUGGAUUUUACUGAUUUGUAUUGAACCAUCUCAUUAAAAUUGACAUCAGA